GUUUUUGACCGGAAUCAAGGCUGUAGAGAACAGACGGGUUGAGAAACCAAUGGUGGGGAGAACGGGUUUAUAAUACUUGGAUAAAGAAGAUCACGGUUACGUUUUAUUAAAUAUAUAUCUACGGAGGACAGCACGGCGAUCAGCAGAGGAUAUCAGCGGAUCAGCUAGAACAGGUGGUGCUGACAGUCGUUUUGGCUUUAACAGCCAUGGAGAGCUCAGACAAUGCAGAACAAGGGGGCAGCGAGCAGUCCGAUUCACAACGCAGACAACAGCUGGACAGACUGGACAGAGAAGAGGCUUUCUACCAGUUCGUGAACAACCUGAGUGAGGAAGACUACAGGUUGAUGAGAGACAACCAUCUGCUCGGCACCCCAGGCGAGCUCACUGAAGAAGAGUUGUCGAACCGCCUUCAGCAAAUCAAAGAUGGCCCUGAGCAGCCACACAAUGAAGGCAGUGGCAGCGGCAGCAACAGUGGCAGCAGCAGCAGCAGCAGCAGCAACAACAGCCCUGAAAGCAGUAGUGAACAGCCCAGAGUUCCAGAUCAACAAGAAGAAGCAUCCAAUGGAGACACUCUUCUAGACUGGCUCAACACUGUGCGCCAGACGGGCAACACCACAAGAAGUGGCCACCGGGGGAACCAGUCGUGGCGGGCGGUGAGCCGAACCAACCCAAGCAGCGGAGAUUUCCGUUUCAGCUUGGAGAUCAACGUCAACCGCAACAUAGCCGAGCAGCAAACGCAGACUGAAGCCGAGCGGCUGGAAGGAGACCAGGUCUCUCCAGAUGCUGCUGUUUCUGAGGCUGAGCCGCCGAUGGAGACGGCUGAGGUGGUGGAGGAACCUGUUGUUGAAGAAAUGGCUGUUAUAGUCGAGCCUGAGCCGCCUGUCCCUGAGGUCCCUGAGGUCCCUGAGGUCCCUGAGGUUCCUGAGGUCCCUGAGGUCCCUGAGGUUCCAGCUGCAACCAGCCCACCAAGCCCUCCGUGCCCACCAAGUCCUCCUAGUCCUCCUAGCCCACAGAAUCAGGUUUCACCUCCACCACCACCACCUCCUCCUCCACCUCCUCCUCCACCUCCUGCUCCUGCUCCAAGUGUAACCCCAGUAGAGCCCACCGUGCCUCCACGUAGAGGCCAGAUUAGAGCACGAAGCCCAAGCCCGGAACAGCGGAGAACCAGGGCACGUACAGCAAGGAGUCGAUUACCUGUAAACCUUGAUCAAUUGGAUGGGCUUCCUCAGGUCCACAAUGGCCUUCCCUCUCACAGUCAUGAGCCUGUUCCAGAAGCUCAGGUAGAGGGCAGCUCCAGGACUCGAUUGCAUGUUCUGUCUAGGCAGAGCAACAUCCAGGCAGAAGCCCAGGAGUCUGUAGAAGCUGCUGAAGCUCCAGCAGCUCCACAGCAAGGUGACGCGCCUUCAGGCGAGGCGGGAGCUUCAGGCAGGCGCCCUCCGACUAUAAUGCUGGACUUGCAGGUACGUAGGGUGCGGCCAGGCGAAUACCGUGAAAGAGACAGCAUCGCUAAUCGCACACGCUCUCGUUCUCAGACCUCCAACAACACUUUCCUAUACGAAACCGAGCGUGGAGGCUUCCGCAGGACCUUCUCGCGCUCCGAACGUGCAGGAGUGAGGACGUACGUCAGCACUAUCCGCAUUCCCAUAAGGAGGAUCUCCGAUGCGGGUCUCGGCGAGGCUACCUCUCUGGCUCUGCAGUCCAUGAUUCGACAGAUCAUGACUGGCUUUGGUGAGCUCAGCUACUUCAUGGACUCUGACUCAGACUCUUCGGACUCCAAUCGCGGUUCCAACCCUUCGGCGGAUGCUGCAGACACGCCGGGGAAUCCCGGCACUGCCAGCGCCUCUGUGGUGGCGGAGGCUCCCGUUACCAGUGCUGGAGGCUCAAGCGAGGUCGGUGCCUCGGAAACAAGGACAGAGGAACGCGAGGGGAGCGCAGUGCCCCCACAGGCUCGAGAGAGCAGGCCAAGACCUCGGGCUCCGAUCAGCCUGGAGGAAACUGCCUCUCUGCCCUUCUUGCGACUUGCACAUUUCUUCUUGCUCAAUGACGAAGACGACGACCAGCCCAGGGGCCUCACCAAAGAGCAGAUCGACAACCUCUCCAUGCGUAACUUUGGCGAGAGCGACGCUUUCAAGACCUGUAGCGUCUGCAUCACGGAGUACGCAGAGGGCAACAAGCUCCGCAAGCUGCCCUGCUCACACGAAUACCACGUGCACUGUAUCGACCGCUGGCUUUCAGAGAACUCAACUUGCCCGAUUUGUCGCAGGGCAGUCCUCGUUUCUGCCAAUCGCGAGAGUGUUGUCUAGCUGCAGCAGAGCCUCCUGUCACAUUUAGCAACUAUUCUUUCGCCUUACUAUAUAGUAAAUGACAUUUGGUACCUUGUGAUGUGAGGUGUCUCUGAGACACUGUCAAACCCAACCUAUUUGAAGCCAUUGGAACGUUUUACCAGAUGUGCAGAGUAUAUUUGCAGUAGCAUACUCUUUGACGUGUUCUUAUAAUAUCCUCCUCCUUUUUUUUUUUUUUUUUUUUCCCCGCUUGCAUUGACUCAUGACUACAUGAAGAGUCCAUCAAAUAUUAUUAUUAUUAUUAUUAUUAUUAUUAUUAUUAUUAUUAUUAUUAUUAUUAUUAUUAUUAUUAUUAUUAUUAUGUUAUCCAAAAAGGUAACAGUUUGAUUACAUCAAAUAUUGAGAACUAAUCAUUUGUGCUCAUACAUGAGUCCAAGUGCAAUGUGAUUUAGAUGGAAUUUUGAUGUUUGAAGGAUCUAUUUAUAUACUGUUGUUUUUUUUUCUUUUUUUCUUGUUAUUAUUUUUUUUUCUGCCCCUCUUUGGACUAUCAGAAGUGUGGUUUGGAUCCAUUGUGGUUCCCAACGUCCACAAUGUUAGGUUCUCGAACAUUAACCAGCAUCAUUCUUGCUUAUGUAUUCACAAAUGUAGAAAAUUUAAUGUUAUUAAAUGCUUUUUAUAUAGGCUAGGUUUGGGUUUGGCCUAAUAAGAACCUUCCUUUCAGCUUUGGAACGAGUUUCCAGAUUAGACCUCUGAUUUGAUGGACUACAAAAUAAAUGGUCAAGGGAAAUUUUCACUUUUAGACUCUAAAAAAAAUAAAUCAUCCUUCAGGGUUGAUUGGGUUAAAAAGCAACUGAGGAGACAUGUAGAAAUUGACAAUUGUUCACAAAGUUGUGGGUGAAGCGUUUUGUUUUCUGAGGCUUUUCCUUCCGUUUUUGACAGUGGCAAACAGCUGCACUGACUCUACCGCACCAUUUCAUUUACUGCAGAGUGCAGAGAAUGAGGAGACUUGCCUACAUAUCACAGAUGUCAGUGCAAUAUUUACGAAUGGCGUAAAGUGUAUAAAAGAAUUUGACCUGUAUGAAUUUGUCGAGCUUGUCGUAGACUGUGAAUAUUCACGUUUAAAAUGAAGAUCUCUACAGGUUCUGUAUAUUGCAAUAGCACUACACUCUUGUGCCGAACUCAAACACUUAGAGUAUCAGAAAUGUCAUAUUAUCCAAAUAGUAGGGUUUUUAUGUGUAUGAAUUUUCUCUUAAGACAAUACAAAAAAAUAAAAUGUGGUUGAAGAGCUAUUAUAUCAAAUCAUCAUCAACAACAACAACAAACAACAACAAGCGUCAGUGCUUCUCAACUGGAGCCCAACUCUGAGUAUCUCUUUAAUAACUGUUCACAGCAGGAUGAAUCAUUUUCAUGUAUUUUGCACUGUUGGCAUGCAACUUCUAGUUCAGACGUCCUUAAUAUAGUUCAAUUAAGAUGGUUUUAUAAAUGCAAGUUACAUAUUAAUCCCGUAUUAAUCGCAUUCCAGGUCAGAUUCCAUGGUGGCAUCACUGCUGUUUCUUUUAUUUUCGUUGGCUUCUUGUUUGAAUAUGUUGGCACUUCACUCAUUUUAAAUUUUAAAAUCUAAGAUGCGUUCGUAUGUUCGGGUCUCCAUCAUCAUCAUCAUCAUUCACCCUCUUCUUCUGCAUUAUUAUCUGUGUUCUUCCACGCUCGGUUGUGUUUGAGUGAGAGAGAAAAUAUGAAUUUGAUUUAUCUGCUCACCAGCUGCCCACAUAAACUAUGCACCACAGUCCUGGGUAUUGAGCAAAUUAAACCCAAGAUUACAUCCUUUCUUAGGUAUUAAUUUGCAGUGGUGACAUUUAACAAUAUAUAAAGUAGGUUUCCUUCGACCUCUUAUCAUGAAAUGAAUUGGAGUUCUGCACGUUGUCAGUAUUUUCUCAUGUUUUUUCACCUUGUGUUGGGUUUGCUCUAUUAUUAACCUAAAUGAGUCAUGCUGUGAUCUUCUGAACCUCCGGAGAGACGGUGUGUGUGUGGGCUCGUGUCUCUGUCUUUCUUAAAUCCAGCUUAGACACCAGUUUCACAGGUGGGUUUUGAUCAGUGCGCUGUUUCUGAAGUAGCAGCAGCAGUAGUUUCAGGAGGAUGUGACACUUUUUUCUGUUGACUUUUUGUGUUCGUUGCCACUAAGUUCUUCUAGGGGAUCUGUUUGCACCGCCUGUCCUGUUUUCUCCACAGUCUUUGGACACUUCUGCAGUCUGCUAAGCUGGGAACCAGCUAAAAACUGGUCUGUUCAGGCUUCAUCAAGCCACAAUGUUAUUUGUAUAUUACAAUAAAGAUAUGUGCAACCACAGUG